GAUGCACGUGUUUAUGAGAUGAUAAGAUAGAUCAAAAAUAAUGAAUGUGAAUUCGAUAGAAAUAAUUGAAAUUGACAUUGUAAAAUUGUGUGAUUUUCGCUGUAACUGAAUUUCGACUUCCUGGGGAGCUCCUAAGGAUAGUCUCGUAAGUUUCAAACCGAUUUUGCAAUAAUAUUAUUUUGAUUUUGAUGUAAUAAAAGUGCAUUCCUCCUACCGUCAUUAUCAUACCACUGCUGAGCGGUAUCAUGGAAUCCGCCAGUUUAUUAAAUUGCACCUUCGAAGUAAUUGUAGGAACUUACGAAGACUUCGUUCUCGGUUAUGUGUUUAGUAAUGAGUCGAAAGAACUGGUCCAAAGUUUCGCGACUCGUUCUCAUCAAGGAAGUGUUAGAUGUGUUUCAUGCACGAGCACCCUCGCAGCUUCUGGUGGUAGUGACGAAGUAAUCCAAUUGUACAACAUGGUUACUCGUAAAGAAGCCGGUACCAUAAUGCAACACGAAGGCACGAUUUCUCAUCUCCAAUUUACUCCCGAGCAAUCGCACUUGAUAAGUUGUAGUGAAGAUGGUUCCAUUGCCUUAUAUCGAGUUGGCAGUUGGCAAUUGGAAAAAGUAUGGGCAUCCGCUCAUAAAGGUUCAGGAGUCACUUCGAUCGGUAUUCACCCGAGUAGUAAAAUGGCUUUAUCUUUGGGUCAAAACAAGACACUGAGAACUUGGAAUCUGAUCAAAGGAAGGCCAGCUUACACAGUGAAUUUAUCCAAUUUAGGUAAACAGAUGGAUUCGGUGAUAUGGUCAACCAGGGGAUCUUAUUUUGCUGUGUCGUCUGAUAAUAAGAUAUACGUUUUUGACGUUACGUUAGCUGGAAUCAAAAUGACAAUCGAGUGUACUUCUCGUAUAACUUGUAUGUCAUUCCUCAAUGAUACCGUAAUCUGUUUUGGAGAAAACGGUGGAUUCAUGAUUUGCCAUUCCGUUCAAGAAGAAUCCGAGUUGUGGCGUAUCAAGGUUGCUGAUUCUCGAGUUAAAUGUUUAUCGUGUGUUUCUGAAAAGUGGAUAGUGACGGGAAAUAGCGACGGACAAAUAAUUGUUUGGGAGGUGAGUGAAACUGAAAGUCAACCCGUUCAAGUAGCAGCAAGUAACAUCGGUACUCGCCUCAUUUGUAUGAGCAUCAGAACACCGGUAAAAAUUGAAAAUAAUUAAUGUUACAACGUUUGUAUUCUCUUUUGAGGGCUGUUUAAAUUGUUACAUAAUUGUGUUUGUAUGCGAUUACAACUUUGUUUUUUAAUAUUUCA